GUUGUUGGCCAGUUGCUCGAAUCGUUGCGGCAACUGGCAUCCUGUAGCAGAUCGUGAAUCCGUCUUGCAACCAUCGCAAAGACGCGAAAGAAAACUCAAAAGGAGUUUGACCAUUUCUCUUGUUUCAUAAACCAAAUUGCACUUAAAAAAAAAAUCUCUAAAUUGCCUUUGUUACUCCGUACUCGACUCGUACUCGACUUUCCAUCACCAUGUUGUUCAGCGAAGACCUCGCCACGGAGUUGAUCCUCUCCGUUUUCUAUAACUGUCGUUCUGUUUCCGAUGCCCUCGCACUGGCCUCCACCUGCCACCGCUUCCACCGCAUCUUCGCCUCUCGCAAGCUCGAGAUACUGGAGCACGCCGCCGAGAAGCAAUACGGCCCCCUCCACGACGCCAUCCAGCUCCUCACCCACAACGAAAGCCAACCCGCCCACCUCCCUCGCUCCGUCCCCCUCUCUCUCGCCCUCCUCCAGCAGCUUGUCCACGUCGGCCGUAUCGCCGCCCGCUGGACCGCCAUCUACCCCCUUAAGAAAUGGAAGUCCAACUACGAAGACCGCCGCCUCCUCACCCAGCCCGAGCGUCACCGCUUCCGCCGCGCCCUCUACCGCCUCUGGCUCUUCGACCGCGCUUUCCAUACCCCGGCCCACCCCCGCGAGGACCGCCUCCUCCCCCGCACCGUCGCCGACCGCGCCGACCUCCUGCACAACUGGCCGACCACCCACCUCGCCGAGAUCGCCGACGUCCAGUCCGUCCUGCGCGACGUCAUCCACACCAGCAUCUGCCCGUCCAACGGCGCCAUCGCCCGGAAGUACCGCAACCGCUUCCCCGACGCUGACCGCGGGAACUUGCUGUUCAACAUCCAUCUGAACUACCCGGAGGCGCCGGCGCGACUGCGCGAGACCUCGCCGUCCGAGUUCCAUCGCCAGCAGAACGACGCGAGCCUCUUCUACACGCACAUCGAGCACACCCCGGCGGCGAUCCGCAAGUUCCAACUGUCCAAGUAUAACCCGACAACGUACCACGAGCCCGGGGCGGAAGGCUGGGGCGACGAGGUGCUGCACUACUACGUGGUAGAGGACAUGCUGAAGCUGGAUCCGGAGGCGCUGCUGUGGCUGAAGGACCACGCACCGUUGAAGCGCCAGGUGGAGACGUAUGUGAAGGGGCUGGGGGACUGGUUUGAGAACAAUGGGGAGACAUUCGCGCAGACGAUGGAGUGGGUGUUAGAGCAGCGGGGGGAGGAGGUGGCGGAGAUGAUGGAGGGGUUGGCGUGUGGGGAGUUGGGCGUCGUUGCAGAGGACGAGGAGUGAGGUUUCGUUUGGAGAUAUCCAGAGUUCUGUAUACAUAAAAAUCACUGCAUUUUGCCAGUGGUUCGAUUAUAAUUCUAGCACGCUUCGAUUCGACCAUCUACUUUUCUAUAACUAGCGAAUUCUAUUGCGAUUAACUGACAACCAUC